CGCGUGGGCAUUCACAACAGAGGGGAACGGAAUGUAACCGGAGGGGAACGACACCGCGGACAAAGUUUACGGCUGUAGAGCUGACUGCAUCAAACUUCCACCAAGUGAGCCCCCCCCGCCCCGCCCCAGUGUUUUGAAGGAGUCCACCGCCAUAGCAACCUGGAGUUUGUGUAAUCCGACUUCAGUUGAGACUGCUUUGCUUUAUUCUCCUCCUGAAAACUGAAUAAUGUGUGAAGUCUUUUCAUCAGACUUCUCUCAUCUCAGUGCUGACAACUUUGAGAGCCGUCUGGCCUCAGAUGACUUGCUGGUUCACUUCUUCAAUGAUUUCUUAAGUCUUAAGUCUUUUUCAGAGGAUGUGCUGUACAACCGUGAGAGUGGACGGCUGGAGGUGCUGGACGGAGCGGCUGAACGUGUCUCCAGAGCCAUCAGAACAGCUCUGCUGCGUACCAAAUCCAAACUCCUCUCAGGCGACCCGUCAGUGCUGACCAACACCAGCCCAGUGGAGAACCACUACACCGUUUGUUGCCUGGACAGACAGCAAGGAAUGCGGUGGAUCACUAGAGAGAGGCUGCCCUUUUUCCUCCAGAGUGACUGCUUCUUUGAAUACAAACUGGCUAAGCUUCUUCUUCAGAGUUAUGUGACUUUGUGCAGCCGCCGCCGGAACAGAAACGCUCCACAAACUCCGCCCCCUCACCUUGAUGGAGGAAACAUCAGCCCCAGUGAGGCCUCUCUGUCACAAAGUCAAGGAUGCUCCUUUCCCCACUCCGUCCAGGAGGAAUGUGUCGGUUCCCAGUCAGAGCAGGAGCGCCUCCUCCCUGACCUGGCUGCAGGGGUCAGGGAGGAGGCGCUCCUCAGGACGUCCUACCACCAAACACCAGAUGACCUCCUGGAUGGAGGCGGUAGUCAGGUGUCCAGCGAUGCGCUCUAUGCGAUGGAUGGUCAGAGCGCGGUGAACAAGGAUGAGAGCAAAAGACACUGCACCAGUACAGAGAACGAAGGAGAAGAAGGUGCAGAACGAGAUGAAAAGAAUGAAGGAAUAGUCAAACUUCCAGAAGAAGCCUCUGCUGUUUGUUGGCACUGUCGGGGUGACGGCAAGGCGGGCUUGGAGGAGUUCAAAGAGUUUCUACGAGGAACGCCAGCAGAGCAUCUUCUCGAGCUCUGGAUGGACAUAGAGAGACUAAAGACGACAUGCAGGGAUCGAAAAGAGAGGUAUCUGGUCCUGAUGAGAAGCCGGUACUUGCACUGCAGCAGUCUCACCAGUCUGAGGGCGGAGCUGCUCUCCAGACUAGGGCUGUCUACCUCCCCCUGCUGGACAGAGGAGAAACUACACGCAGCUCAGUCCAGCCUGACAGAGUCUCUGUUCUGCUACUGGGCUCUUCGCUUCUGGACGUCCCAGCAUGCUCAGCGGAUUUCUAUUUUGGAACAGAAGGCUGCAAACUGCUGUUCCAUCCCUUUGUGGGUGGGCUGUGGGUCAGUGCCUGUCUUCCACCCUGUCCGCAGCUCGUACCUUUCUUCUACGACACCCCAGCUAUCCAGAAGGAGUCAGUUGCAGCGCCGCAAAGGACGCUCAGAGAUGCUGAAGGCUCUCUGUGUGGAGUUUUACGCCGGCUUCUACUUCACACGCUUCUGUGAGCAGUCUGGAAACCAGCGGUGGAUCAACGCCAUUUACUUCUGGACGGACCUGCAGCACUUCCACCAGCUGUUCUACCAGGAAGGACUGGACCCUUUCACAGUACAGAGAGAGGCCCAGCUUCUGAACUUCACUUACGUCUUCAGCUUGGCCAGAAGGAGCCUUGGUGUAGAUGAGGAGAUCAGGAGGGAGGUGCAUCACAGACUGCGGCCUGCCUUCGAGGAGCUGUUUGACAGGGUUGAGGAGCAUGUGCUGAACAUCCUGCAGGAGGCAUGGACACAGCUGCUCCGCAGAGACGAAGAGUCCUUCCAGCAGGUGUGUGUGCAGGAGGUGGUGCGCUGCAUCAACAGUGAGGAAUACCAGGAGCUGCAGAGUCUAAACAAGGAGUCGGAGCGCCGCAAGAACGAGGUGGAGCAUUGCAGCUCCAACCUUUUUCCUUUGCCUGCCACGUUUUUUAACGACUCAAAUCCCUCCCAAGCUCUUGGCUUAUGGGCCUGUGUGCCUCCAAGUUACCGUGGUUACCGUUUGAGUUUCUUAAUGGAUGAGCGUCAGGAGCUGAUCCACUUCAUGUCUUUCUUACGAGACCAUGAGGCCAGUGUCCACUUGAUGUGCUGGCUGGAUAUGGAGCAGUUCCAGACGAGUCCUCAGAAGGAAGCCAUCCUCCGACAGGAGAGGUGGCAACGUCUUGCUUCCAAGUAUCUCAAUGAGGAGUACUUCUUUGGAGCCGGCAGCCCUGCCACAGGAGAGCAACAGCAGCAGAUUGUGCGUUUGGCGGGAGGACCAGAGCGUCUGCAGUCCCAAUGUUUGCCAAACGCAGCCAUCCAGGAGAUCCAGGACAUAGUCAGGAACCACAUCGAGGAAACCUGGCUGCCUUCGUUUCUGGCCACGCCAGAAUUCACCAAGCGCCAAAAAGACAAAGUGAAGCUGCAGGGAGCGGACCGCCUUUCGCAGCACGUCCGCCAUCGACGCCAAACCAGGAGGGAAGCCAGUGAGGCCCAGGGGAUGAGGAUGAGCGCCUCCACAGAGAUCCGACAGGUCCUCCUCCAUCCCUCAAGCUGUCAGCAGUUCCUCAACUUCGUCUCUCUGAAGGGAGACUUCCUGGAAAAUGACGUGCGUUUCUGGCUGGAGGUGCAGCGCUACAAGGACCUCUGUCACUCCCACAGCGACGAGGCCACCAUCCAGCAGAAGAUCUCCAUCAUCAUCAGCUGCUUCAUCAACUCCUCCAUGCCGCCUGCGCUGCAGAUCGACAUUCCUCCUGAUCAGGCCCAGCGCAUCCUGGAGGAGCGUCACCAGCUGGGCCCAUACAUCUUCAGAGAGGCGCAGAUGUCAGUCUUCAACGAGCUGAUGACCGUGUGGCCCGAGUUUCAAGACUUCAGAAGCAGCGUUGGGGAGGAGCAGCUGCUGUCUGUGCUGGAGCAGAAACGAGCCGGUCACAGAGCCAGAGUGAGGAGGCAGAGGAGGAAAGAGGAGGAGGAGGAGGAGGAAGAGAGGAGAACCCAGGAGCUGAAGCUCCAAGAGCUGAGUCUUCUAGAAGAGGCAGACUAUGAAGACAAAGAGGAAGGAGUUGGAAAAGAGUCGCUGAGAAGACCGAGCAGAGCGCAGCUGAUGGAAACACGGCCGUUGCUGUGGUCGUACUCCAAGUACAUGGCAGGUCUGCAGAAGGAGGAGGUGCUGCUGAGGAGACAAAGUCAGCUGGAGGCCUCCUCCUCCACAUCUGCAGGAGCUUCUGACUGAUCCGUUCGGACCUCUGCAGUAAGUGAAGGACCCCCUGCUGGCACCUGUUCAGCAGACAUCCGUUUGUGUGGGAAAAGAUGAAGAUGAUGAAGAUGUUUGAUUUGGUCGUAAAACAACAAUAAAUGGAAACUGUGUUCUGAAUGCUAA